GAGUCGUUUCUUUCGUAUACAUAAGGUAUUGUGCUUCUUUCGUAUACAUAAUUAUAUAUUAUAUAUAUAUAUAUAGUAUAUACAUUAAUAUACGUAGGUAUAUUAUGUAUAUCCAAUAUUAAUAAUAUUAUAUAUCCAUUAUUUGAUCCUAUGAAAUUAGAUAACGAUAAUUAUUGCGUAAUAUAAGUAAUGUGAAAAUUUCGUGUAAGAUAUAGACAUUGUAGAGUAAUAUUACAUUUUCCACAUUUCCAAAUCGAUUUAUAUUUUGUGUUAUUCGAUCGAUGAUGAUAAAAUUAUCAUAAGAUUAUUCUAAAAUCUUGUUUACAUUCGUAGAUAUUUUAGGUUAGAAUAAUGUUUUCUAAUUUUAAGUUGAUUAAAACUUUUCAAGACAUAUAUAACAAUUGUUUGAUCGUCUAAUAUUCGAUAAUGAAAACAAGUAUAAUUAUUUUAAAAUUUCGUAUAAUGUUCUUUUAUUGUAGUUUCAAAUAAUAUAUUUUAUCUUUAUAGAUAAAUUAAGGUAUUAUAGGUAAAUUUCUUAAAUAUAUUAUAUCGGAUUAUUCUAUAAUAUUCAUAAUUAUAAGAAUCAAAAUCUUUUUCUAUAAAUAAUAUUUUCUAACAAAUAAUUUUUUCAAUUAUAAAUGCCCAGUAUACAUCAAUCUGUGUAUAAAGUUUCAAAGUGGUGGAAAUGACAGCGAAAUGACAAUCGUGAAAAAAUUAUACUUCAAGUAUGUAAGUUAAUUAAUAUAUUAAUAUACUAAUAACAUAUCGUGUAAUUUAUUAUUUGAUAUCAAAAUACAAUAAUGAUAUACUUAUUGCGUAAUACGUGAAAACGAAAUUUCGUAUAUAAAAAGUGUGAAAAGAUAUUGUAGGUUAGUGUUUCAUUUUCCAUAUUCAUAAAGUCGAUUUCUACUUUGUGAGCUAUCGUAUAUUAAUUAUCGAUCGCGUGAAAAUCAAUAAGGAAAAAAAUGUCGUAAAAUUAACGAAAAUCUUGUAUUUUGUAUGACGUUCAUAGAUAUUAUAAAUUAGGCAUCCUUCAUUCGUAAAUUGAUUAAUAUCUUUGCCAUGUAUUAUGUCUAAAUCGUUAUUUUAUCGUGUAAUUAUCUGUAACGUUAAAAAUUAUAUUAAUUAUAAAAUUAUAUAAUUUCGUUUGGUAUUUCUUUCGAAUGUAGAUUCGAAUGGUAUAUUUGGUAUUUAUAUAAAUCGAUUAUUUUUUUAUACACGAUUAUUCUAUGGUAUAUUGAUUAUAGGAAUCGAAAUUUCUUUUUAUAAUAUUUUCUAAUAAGUAAUUUUUAAUUAUAAGUAUAAUUCAAUAUUUAUGAUAUCGAUGUAUAAAUUUUUCGAAAAUGCGUAUGUGUAGGUGAAUAUAAAAUUUUAUACGCUUGCGCAAAUGCAAAAAUUAUAGUGCGCUUGCGUAAUGCAUAAUUUUGGCGCUCAAUUUCAUGGUUCUACGCAUGCGUCGAUCUAAUACGUACAACGUAGUUUCAAUAUGGCGGAAAUGAUAGCUAAAAGAAAAUAAUAGAAAAAUUAUAUUUUUCUCGCGUACGUAAAUUGAUUAAUAUAUUAAUAAAAUCGUGUAUCGAUUAUUUGGACCCAUGAAAUUAGCUAAUAUAUAGUUAUUUCUUAAUAUAUGGAAAUAUAUGAAAAUUGAAAAUCGAAAAUUAAAAUUAUUCUAAAAUCUUGUUUGUAUUUAUAGAUAUUGUAGCUUAGAAUUGUAUUUUCUAAUUUUAAGUUGAUUAAUUUUUUGCAAAAUGUACAAUUCUUCGAUCGUGUGAUAUUCAAUAAUGACAAUAGUUAUAACUAUUCAAAAAAUUCGUAUCUUAAGAAAAUGUAACUUCAAAUGAUAUAUUUUUGUAAAUUAUUUCUAAAUAUAUUACAUAGACUUAUUUUAUAACAUUCAUAAUUGGAUGUAUCUUUUUUUAUAAAUAAUAUUUUAUAACAAAUAAUUUUUUCAAUAAUAAAUUCCUAAUAUGCAUCAAUCUAACGUGUAAAAUAGUAGUUUCAAUAUGGCGGAAAAGACAGUGAAGUAAUAGUCGUGAAAAAAUUGUAAUAAUAAAAAACUUUCGGGUACGUAAGUUAACUAAUAUAUUAAUUAGAUAUUGUGUAUGGAUUCUUUAAUCUCGCAAGGUUCGAUAACGAUACAGUUAUUGCGUAAUAAAUGAAAAUAACGAGAAAAUUUUCCACAUGGUGGAAAUGGACAAUAGGAGGGCUUCCAGCGUCCGCGGUCCUGAUUCACCUCUGAGCUCGGAUCUGGCUCUUGAUAAGCCUCGCCCCAUACCAUCACCCAGACAAAUCCACCCCUUGUACGGGGAGAAAGCCGGGCUCUUGGGCUACUGCGACCCGCUCGGUAACGCAGAGAAUUUUCCACCCGCCCCUAACAUCGUCGUCGAGGGUGGCAGAAUCGAGUUCGUCCGCCCCUCGCAGGAUGGCACCACGACACCCCGUAGGAACACCAUGUCCCGUGGCUCGCAGACCUUCAACGACGAGCCCGAGAAGUCUGACCCUGCGAAGGAGAGUCUGGAAGAGCGGGUGCAGGAAUUGGAACAGGCACUGCAAGCGGAACGUAUUGCUGCGCAACGAGAUCGGGCGACGAUCACGAAGCUCCAACGACAGAUCAACAAGAGAGAGGCUACGCAACGAGAUGUGGAACGCGAACGACGACAACGAAUGGAGGCCGAAGCUCGGGUGCGCGAGGCUACGGCUGAAGCUGAAAGAGCACGCUCCAGGGUUCAUCAUCUUCAGAGAGAACUGGCCAGGAUGGAGGAGACGUCACGAGGGUUGCUGCAGCACAAGCACAGGGCCGAACAGCUGAAGCAAGAGAAAACUGCUCUUACGCUUUCUUACGAGGCGCGCGUACAUCAGUAUCAGGCACAAAUCUCGAAGCUGCAACUGGAGAACGAGUCGAUGAGGGGUCAGCUGCGCGGUUUGGAGGCUGCGUGUGCUGGUGAGGUGCAUGCCGCGUUGGUGGCACGUCUAGCGACCUUGGAAACGGAACACGCCGCCUUGGCGAGGGACGCGGAUGCUCAGCGUCGCCAGUACGAGCGGUGUCUGGACGACGUCGCCAACCAGGUGGUCCGCGCCCUUCUAUCCCAAAAGGGUCUCAGGGAAGAAAUCGGUGCAUUGCAGAGGCGUAUUCGAGAGCUCGAAGCUCAAAAUCGAGCGCUUUCAGGAUUAUUGGCCCAAGCCGCAAAUCCUGGAAGUCCAACAGAAUUGAUUCAAGGGAUUCUCGAAGCUGGACCAGCGGCGGUAGUGGCCGCCCUUGGUCUCGAUCCAGCUUGGGUUCCCUUGUCAAGGCCACGCUCGCUCAAUUUACAAAUACCAGUCAUGGCUGCCACGAAAUGUCGAAGAAACAGACCGUUAGCCCAGAAACCAUCGGAAGAGGAAGGUAGCGAGAGUCCAGAGAGCGGGAACAGAGACGAAGGUUAUUCAACGAUGUCCAGCGAUGUACAAGGUGAGGGUGCUCGACAAGAGCCAUCCCGAGGGUUGGAGGAUCUGAAAGAGGCGACAGAUGAGACCGAGGCAGACGUUUCACCGGAUGCACGAUUGGUCGCCCUUGACGCCGGCGAUCCUGACGUCCUGUUUUUGCCAUUGAAUCUCACUGUAGGAAUAAAUCCACGCCACAGCUAUCCCCCGACCAAAGAUUUGCUGCCGUAUCAGCACGUGAUGCGUAGCUUCUCCGACAGCCAUCUAUGUCUGAAGCUGACCACUACCACCAAUUUCACACCGUACAAGCUAUCGAGCCCCAUGGGAUCCUCCUCUCUACUUCUAGUCGAGGAAGAAGGCUGGGAUACCGAGUAUGUGCAACAAUGGCUCAGGUUGGACGAUAGUAGAAGUGCUCAACAACAUCGAGAUCUUCUCGAGUUGGAAUACGACAGAGCAGAAUUGGAAGAUUGGAGUUUCUCGUUAUCUACCGAGGACCUUGUUCAAAAUGAAUCUACGGUGUGGAAAGAACCCACUACCACCACUACAACUCCAGCGCUUCCUGCAAUCAAGGAACAUAAUCCUUUGGAAUUGGAAGAGGAUGCAAACGAAUGUUUGUGGAAUGGUGCCAGUUAUCUUGCAGAUAGAACAGGAGGCGAAUUGGUUGCGCUACUUAUGGAUGCCAGAGCGACUGGAUCGUGGCCAUAUGCUACAAGUCCAGGUACUUCAUGGAGCAGCGAAGAAGGUGCGUUUGAAAAUUCCAGUAAACGAUCCUCGGCGGCACUAUCCGGUUGCAGUGACGAUCCGGAUUCACCUUCGAUCGGCACCGACUUCACCAGAGAUUUCUACAGGCUGGUAAAAUUCGAGAGCACGAAGAGUUUGGCAAGCACAUCGUCGAGAAGCGGAAGACCUCCACCGGAUAGGGAACAAGCUUUACAAAGUGUCUUGUCUUUUAUCGCUGAACAACAAAUGUAUUUAACUGAAUUACCGAACAAUCUGUUGGAACAUAACGGUACAACGGAAGUUUUAGAAGAAACAGAAAACAAGAAUGAGUCUGGAACCGAGGCGAUGUGCACCGAAAUUGAACCUGUUGAUCAAGAUAACAGUAACAUGGAAAACAUCGAAACGAGCACUAAUGAUGAUUUGCUGGAUCAAAUACCCGUACCCUCUUUGGCACCGGAAGAGAGAAUAAUCAGUGCGGUAGCUUGCAACGGUGGUGUAUCUUAUACUACAGUUGCGCCAUCCGAAUUAGGUGCUGUUCCUGAAGAAGACGAAGAAGCUGCUACUUCUUCUACACCAAGCACGGUUGUAAGUCCAGCGAGAGCAUCGCUAUUGGUCGAAGGCAGGGAUCGAUCACUGAGCUUUCACGAGCGUGCCACAUCGAAGGACGUGAUAGAUGAACUAAAUCGAAUGAUCAGAAAAGGUGAGGAAAACACUGUGUCCCAAGAAACUCAGGUACCGCUCGAAAAAUUAGAUCUUGCUUGCUGCUGUCCAACUGGAUGGGUUCACGUUGAACGAGAUAUUGACUUUACUGACCCAAAAGCAAGAGCCAAUCUUUUAGACGUGAUGUUAGAGAGCAGUGAAAGUUCUUCGGCGACAUCGAGCAGCGGAUCAGCCGGAAGUGACUCGGGGGAUGAACCACCUGAUUACCGUCACUUGCAUAGACUACAUCGAUACCGACGACAAAAAAAAGCAUCGGCGGCCCAGGCACAUCGUGUAUUACGAUUGCCGUCAACCUGGGGUUCAUCGAGGCCAUCGAUCAUCGGACGAGGUGAGGAUUUCUUCGUACGAUAUGGAGACAAGGAACGUGAAGCCGUGGCCUCUUUUGACUUCCUCGACGAGAUCGUGGCACCCUCCUCGACGGGCUCGAAUGCUAGUCUCAUCGAUUUGGAUGACACACCGUCUACCGAGCUUCGUAGCGACAUCAUGAAGCUUUCUCCGCUUUAGGACGAGUUGCGAUGCUGAAAUUUAUCCUUAAAGCUAUACAUUGAAUGGAAGCCCCUUGUAGAAUGUGCAAGGGUAGGCAAAUUGUUCUGUUCUAAUUAUAGAUCACCGCGCUUGCUUUAUAAAAUGGCGGAAUUUAAAUUGCGCCGAUAUUAUGUUUCGAUGUCUAUAUCAAAGAUUUAGAGCAUGCGAAGAUGAAUUGUAUUAUAACAUCCUUAAAGAUAUAUUGAUUUUUUUUUAUUCUUGUUAUACGCUUCUUUAUAUAUGCAGCAAGUAAUUUGCAUAUAAUUUGGAUAGAAAGGUAAAAGUUGGUAUGAAUAUAUCUUACAGAUGUUUUGCGAGGGUCAGUAUAGUUUAAUUGUGACGAUAUCUAUUUAUUUUUAUUUUUGUUAAAGCAUUUUGAAAAGCUUUGAAAUAAAUUUUCGACGAUAUACUAGUUUUUUAGCAUGAAAUAUAGAAAAAUAUUCAAAAAUAUUAAAAAAAAUUUUUUGUAUUAUUAUUUUCAAUUAUGUCUCUUUUUUUAAUAUAACAAUAAAUAUUGCAUAAAUCAAUUAAAUAAAUAAUUAUAUGUAGAUAUUAUAAUAUCGUUUGCCUAUUUAUAAUGGAAUUUCUCAAGGUGUACAAGUUGUACUUUUUGUGGUAUCCAAUUAUAUUUGCUAUUUGUUAUUAAAUUCAAAUAUUCAAAUCUGUAAAUAAAACAUUGAUUUUCUUACAAUAAUGAAAUAAGAUCGUUCAUUAUCUAUUUGCAUCUUGUAUUAAAAUAAAAAAUAUUGUUUUGUUUCAUAAAAAUUUCAUAACAUUUUUAAAAGUUAUUUCCUUUUCAAAAUAUUGAUGCUUGGCUUUGAAUAAAAUCUUGAUUGAAUUUCAAUAGUGUUUUUUUUUUAUAUUUAUUAAAUUUAUACAUGAAUUAAAAAAUUCAUAAAUCUUUGUAAACUCAUAAAUCGAUUUAUACUCUACGCUCACAAGAUGGAAGUAGACUUCUUAAUUAUUAUACUAUACGCAUAAUAUUAAAAUAUGAAUAACAUUAUGCAAAAGAUGGUGUAAGAACACUAUUAGCAUAAUAUGUAUAGUACAUAUAAAUUAACAUGAUGAAAGAAAUAUCAUAGACUGGAACUAUGAUUACUGUACUUUAUUGUAUACUUGAAUAUUUCAAAUAGUACUUCCAUUACGAUCUUGUUUAACAAGAUCAUAAGAUAUCAGGUGAUGAAAUCUAUUUCUAUUACGCACAUUUAAUUUACUCUUUUAAAACAUACACAUUUCAUAACAAAAUUUAAAGAAUUUAAGAGACUUAUUUAGAUAGAUGUUUCUACAUUUUUCAAAUGGAAAUGUAUAAUUUAAAUGUAACGCGAUAUCGCGAAUCAUCUUCCGAAAUUGAGCUUAGAAAAAAUUUAGAUUAAGAGUAUUUCGACGAUUUUGUAUGAAUACAAAUUUGUACUCUUUCUCGUCGAUGAUUAUGGAUAAAUGUUGAGACAUACCAUAAUAUUCUAUUGUUUAUAUGAAACACAUAGAUAUUACAUGCACGUUAUAAGCGCGUACAACUUUUUGUUCCGUCUUCAACGAAAAUAUAUUGAAUGUAUUACUUACCAAUUGUAAAAUACAAUAGAAGAAGUUCAAAUUCAAACGGAUAUAUUUAACAUGCAUUCAGUGCAUGAGUUUUAGAUGAUAGAAGUAAUAUAAGAAAAAACUUAAUAAAAAAAAAAUAAUAACACUAUGAUCAAAACGCCGUAUCAAAUAAGUAGACAUUUCGUCACAAUUUGUACAAGAUUCACACUAUUUCAAAAUUCAUAAUUUGAGAUAAACUAAAAACUAAUUUGCGUUUGAUCAAUACAACAAAUAGAAAUAAAAUAGUCCAUUUAAAGUAUCAAGUCGAUAAAAAUUGAAAAACAUAUUUUACACGUAGAUAUAUAUAUAUAUAUAUAUAUUUAAUAUAUAUAUAUUAAAAUACGAUGAAUAUUUUCAAUAUUUGAAAUGGAGAUUGUACGAAUAUAAAGUUGUUUUUUUCUAUUUAUCCAUUUUUACACAUUUCUUACUAUCAUAUACACAUAAACAAGAAUAGUUAUAUGUUAAAAGUGAAUAAGAAAAAAUAUAAUAUACUGAAAUUCAAUGUUAUUAUUAUUUAUAUCUAACAAUUAUAGAAAUUUCGUAUAAAAAUCGUAUUGCAAUUUUAAUAUGUAAUUAAUUACAACGAAAAAGUUCCAAACAAAAACAACUUUUGUCCUACAGUCUCAAAAUAAUCGUUUAAUAAUAGGUAUAAGAUACGUGUAAGUUGCAUUAUAUCGAAAAUGCGAUCAUUGAAGAUAUUGAUUUAUCCCAAUCGAGAAAGAAUUCAUUAAUAAAUAUAAACUCGUGAUUAAGACAUUUGUAAAUAAUAUGUAUUAUAGCACAACAGAUGUAAGUUAUCCUCUCUUGAACUUAAUAAAUAAUGACAAUAUAACAAAUGUAAAAGCGCA